ACGGCCGAGCCUGGGAUGGCUGGAGCGCGCCAGCUGCACAACAUCUGCGGAGCCGGAAAAGAAGUUCCAGCGCGCCCCAGCUCGGCGGGACGGGGCUGAUUCAACCCAGAGAUUCAACAUUUGUAAUUACCUGUGGAUUCUUAAGAGAAGGUGGAAAAGGAACCAGGGUCCUACAAGACAUAGAAUUUCACCCUCCAUCUGUCAGUGAAUCAAACUAUCUGAGAAACACAGAUAGCACACAAUCAAGAACUUAAGUCCUGUUCUUUGCUGUUUAGACCUCCUACUGCCACAAAUACAACAGAAUGUCCCAGACCCAUGCAACUAUCUUGUCAAAUUCUCCUGCGAUUAACAACCAUAAAGGAUAUGUCUCAUCUGCACGAAGCUUACCUGCAUGGUCGGGCAAGUUGCUAGAUGCAGUGGAGAAGACUUCUGAGGGUGUUAGUUCACAAAAGAAAGAAAGAUUAUAUGCUCAUCAUCAGGAGAAAGGGAGCAACGCCCAGGAACCUGAAAACAAAGAAACUUCCAAUGGUCCUUCCAGUCUUCAGGAUUCCUUUCACUCACAUUUUAGUUUCAUCCAGCUCUCACUCAAUUUAGCCUCUGAAGCUGCUGCAGGUGAAUCAGGAAGUAGGGAAUCUAAAGAAAUUGUGCAACUAGGUGGAAUAGAGAAAACAGAAAAUAUUAAUUUUCAUUUAUCAGGAGAAGCCCAAAGAAUUUCACGAAUGGAAGUGUGGGCUUCACGUAACUCCUUGUGCGAUGAAGUUGGUACCUGUCCCUCAGAAGCUGCAGAAGAUGACAUUUUGCAGGACUGUGGGAGGCUCUCACCUUUCCAUGCAAAUAAUGCAUUCUCUUCUUGCAUGGAUUCUUUAGAGGCAACAUCUGCUGAUUCUUCGGUGACUUCAGGCUAUGAGAGUUGUGGCAUUGCUAGUGACCACAGUUGGGAUUUUCUGAUGAAGGAGUAUGAACCAGUAGUACAGGAAUGUUUGUUGGGCAAUCGUCGUUUAGUAAAGAUAAAAUCCUUGAUAAGAAAACUUCAGAAGCUUCAGGAGAAAGCAGUAGCUGAGGACGACUAUGAGAAAGCUGAUAAAUUUAGAAGAAGACUUGAGGAGCUGCAUAAAGAGAAAAGUUUGCUGAAUUUUCAACUUCCUUCACAGCAUCCUUCCGUUAGCAGCUUCUUGGACAAAUUCAGAGCCUACGUUCAAAUGACAUUGUAUGAGGGAGUUCAUAAGGAAAGGAAUCUUCUUCUUGAAAAAAGUGAUCAGAAGAUAUUAAGCCAUUCUUACCAUGAAAAGAUACAGAUUCCAGGUACAAAACGGGAUCAGCUGUUUGAGGAAAAGAAGUGGAUACAGAAAGAAAUUGAAGUUCUAAGAGCAAAGCUGGUUGUUUUGGAAGCUAAAGAUCAACAAUUAAGGAUAGAAAUUCAAGAACAAGACUGCCAUGUUCAAGAGCAAGUUUAUGAACUGUCUACUUUGCUCAGCUGUGUGUCACUCAAAGAACUGCAGACAAUUGACAAAGCCUUGGCUGAUAUUUUGGUGGCUUCCCAUGAAAUUCCUUACAGGUUGGAUUUUCCAGAAUCUGUCAAAAGGCUUCAAGAAAAAAUACAGUCCCUUAACAUAUCUAUGACGGAGACGGCUGCUGAAGUAUGUACUAAUCAGAGGCUCUGGAGUACGUUAAGGAAAAAAGUGAGUCACAUUGAGAUUCAACUUCCAGCUCUUCUUGAAAUGAAAAUGCUUGCUGCAUCAGGAGGCAAUUUCUCUACUGAUAAAGAUCUUGCAGAAAAAAUCCAAUCACUAACAGCUGAAAGAGACCACCUGAAAGGGCUUCUCAAUGAAUGGUCAACUCUGAAUGCCAAAAAUAUCCAAAAGCUGGAGAGAGCGAAAGAACGUUACAAGAGACUGAAGGAAGAAAUGGAGCAAGAGGAGUUUGUAUUUGAAAAAAAGUUGAAAAAAAACACUCUCAAGUAUAUGGAAGUGCUAGAAGAUAAACUACAAAGCUGUGGAAGAAGCCAUCUUUUAGAAAGAGUAUGUGAAGUUGACUUACAGGCCUGUCAGCUGUUGAUCCAUGGGUUUCUGCUCAACAAAAAUGGCUCUUAUGUUUCGGAGGGAGAAGAGAGCCAGACUGAGGAAACAAAGGAUAUGGAAGAUGCCUUUUUAACCUCAAAGUGGGAACAGUCAAAUUGCUUUUCAGUUAAUAGCUCCAAGCAAAAAUCUUUUCGACACCCCCUUAUUGGGAAGAAACACCAAAGUAUGCCCUGCAAACUGAAAGAGGAAUUCAAUAUGCUUUCUACAGAAUUCAGAGAGAAAUGUGAAAGAAUAAGCAAGAAGCUGGUAUUCUUGGAAGAGCAACUUCAGCUAGCAGCCCGUAGCUAUGAUGAAAACCUUGUUCAGUCUCUGCAAAGAGAGAUCCAGAUGGUGAAGGAAACUCUCCAGGCCAUGCUGGUGCAGCUUCAGUCAACUAAGGAGGCAGAAGAAGAUGCAGCAAAUUUCCUUGGUGACAGCUGGCGUCUGGGAAAGGAAAGCUUAAAGGAGUAUCACACAGGAAGACGGAAGGAAGAUCUUUAAUUCAUGAGGCUUCCUUGCAAGAAUGGAAUGCCAUCUUAUCAGACUUCGAGGAUUUUCACUAUCUCUGCAAAAUUAAUGACAGCCAUUAUUAUGGAGCCGGGGAGAUGGUGAAUAGAAACUGGAGGUCUUCUGAGGGAAAUAGUGGUGCUUGCACAAUUCAGCUGCCAGGUUCUAGAAACAGUUUUCAACAGCAGUCACCCAUCCAU